GGUGAUGCUGCACCUGAAAAGCGCAUCAAAGGCAACGAAUCUACGUGUGUUGCCUUUAGCACAGGCCCAACCUCCAAAUCCAGCGCUAUUAGUAUCUCUGCUUCAGUGGCUGCCUUAUCUGGUAAAUACAUUGAUAGAGCCGCGCAGAGACGUGCUCGCGAACGUAGCAUUGCUACAGCCUCUGCUGCGAUGGCUGCAGCUCAGACUACCGCUACUUUGGCUAGUCUAGGCCUGGCAAACCCCGAAGAGGUGGCUGCAGCGGCUGCUGCUGCGGCACUGGCAUCUUCAGCCACGGGAGGAGCGGUUGGGUAA